GAGCGCGCAGCGAGACAAUAAGGACCCGCUGCCUGCCUGGAUCCCGCAACCUCGCGCCGAGUGCUGUCGCCCUAUUCCUGCGCACCCCAGCCGACCGAGCAGCUGGCCUCCCUGACGGCGCCAUGCAACGAGCACGCCUCAUGCUCUGGGCCGCGGCGUUGACCGUGCUGGUGCUGCUUCGUGAGCCGCCAGUGGCUCGGGCUGGCGCAGGCUCGGCGGGCGCCGGCCCGGUGGUGCGCUGCGAGCCGUGCGACGCGCGUGCGCUGGCCCAGUGCGUGCCUCCGCCCGCCGCGCCCGCGUGCGCCGAGCUGGUGCGCGAGCCGGGCUGCGGCUGCUGCCUGACGUGCGCGCUGCGAGAAGGCCAGUCGUGCGGCGUCUACACCGAGCGCUGCGGCGCCGGCCUCCGCUGCCAGCCGCCGCAAGGCGACCCGCGCCCGCUGCAGGCGCUGCUGGACGGCCGCGGGCUCUGCGCCAACGCCAGUGCCAUGGGCCGCCUGCGCUCCUACCUGCUGCCAGCGCCGCCCGCGCCAGGAAACGCCAGUGAGUCAGAGGAAGACCGCAGUGCUACCAGUGUGGAGAGCCAGGCUGUCCCCAGCACACACCGCAUGUCUGAUUCCAAGUUCCACCCCAUCCAUGCCAAGAUGGAUGUCAUCAAGAAAGGGCAUGCCAAAGACAGCCAGCGCUACAAGGUCGACUACGAGUCUCAGAGCACAGACACCCAGAACUUCUCCUCUGAGUCUAAGCGAGAGACAGAAUAUGGUCCUUGCCGCAGAGAAAUGGAGGACACACUGAAUCACCUGAAGUUCCUCAAUGUGCUAAGUCCCAGGGGCGUUCACAUCCCCAACUGCGACAAGAAGGGAUUUUAUAAGAAAAAGCAGUGCCGCCCUUCCAAAGGCAGAAAGCGGGGCUUCUGCUGGUGCGUGGAUAAGUACGGACAGCCGCUCCCGGGCUACGAUGCCAAGGGGAAGGAGGACGUGCACUGCUACAGCAUGCAGAGCAAAUAGACGCCGGCUGUGUGACUUAAUGUGGAGCUCAAAUGCGCCUUAUUUUGCACAAAAGACUGCCGAGGACAUGAUCAGCAGCUGGCUACAGCCUCGAUUUAUAUUUCUUUUUGUGGUGAACUGAAUUUUUAUUUUUAAACCAAAGUUUAGAGAGAGGUUUUUGAAACGCCUGUGGUUCCUUUAAAUGGUAAACUUGAGCAUCUUUCUUUCCAGUUUCCUGUAAUCAGUGAAAAGCAGUUUGAAUUCUCUUGUUGCUUCCUAUAAAAAUACUGGUAAACUCCAGCACUGCACCUGGACGUCAUCCCCUCGUGGGACUCUCACCACAUGUUCGCCGGGCAGUGGACCCCGACUUCAUGACGUAGGUGGCCAUGUUGCCAACAUAGAGUCCAUGCUUUAGCCCUGCUCUCUGUAAAGUGAACACAGGUCUUAACAAGAAUAGGAAACCCCUAAACUCUGACCAUCCUGAUACCCCUCCUGGAGCUCAUAGCCUUCUGUGGUGCCAUCUUUGAGGCAAGAGCCUGCGUCCCUCGACCAAGAAGAUCAUUCAUAUCUUCCAGUGACCUGUACUGCUUAGGGACUGUUAAAUAAGGUGGAGUCUUAUUAAAAGAAAAAAAAAAUGACCAAGAAUGUUUUAGGACCCUCUGGGAACCUAUAAAGGCAGGUAUUUCUGACCCUCCUUUAUCAGGAAGCUUCCCAAAGACAUGGCCCUGUGAAAGACCCAUGAUGGCCUUUGCUGUGGCUCCAAAGGGAAGAGGGAUGGGGGGACAGUAAGAGUCAGCCUUCGUGUUCAGAAGCAUUAUAAAUAAUGGCACGAUUCUUCAGAUGACUGCAGAAAAUAGUGUUUUGUAGUUCAACCGUUCAUGACAAAGUUCAUUUUUGAGGAUAAGCUUUCUAAAAACAAAGAUUUAUUUUCAUCUCUCACCUUUUCUCCUCCUUGGCACAGUGUAAACAAUAAUAUCUAAACAGGAAAGUUGAAUGGCUUGUUGGAGAGCCCAUUGAGGAUACGGGGAACACAUAGGGAGUCACCUGUGUUUGUCGAACUUGGAGUCAUUCUCAUACUUUUCUUUAUAAUUCACACAUAUAUGCAGAGAAGAUAUGUUCUUAAUUCAUUGUUAACAUUGUAUACAACAUAGCCCAAAUAUAAUAGGAUCUAUACUAGAUAUUCCUAGAUGAAAUCUUAGAGAUGCUAGAUGACAUAACUGUGGCUGCAACGGAAGAAAGGAGCUGGUGCCCGUGGGGCUAGGCUGCUCUCCCAGAAGCCAAACCUGAGGAGGUCUGGAGACGUCAGGCAUGGGAGAACUCUGCCUUGUCCUGCUGUGGCCCUCCGUGUGGACACCCACUUCACAGAGCUCUCCUUGAGAACACCAAGGGAUCUCAAGACAUUCUGCCUACCUAUUAGCUUUUCUUUAUUUUUUUAAGUUUUUGAAAAAAAAAGUAUUUUUGAAAAGUUUGUCUUGCAAUGUAUUUAUAAAUAGUAAAUAAAGUUUUUACCAU